AUGACUAUCUCACAAUCACCGGCCGCCACCUUCACUCUCCUCACAAUCACUGGCCGCCACCUUCACUCUCCUCACAAUCACUGGCCGCCACCUUCACUCUCCUCACAAUCACCAGCCGCCACUUUCACCUUCCUCACAAUCACCGGCCGCCGCCUUCACUCUCCUCACAAUCACCGGCCGCCACCUUCACUCUCCUCACAAUCACCGGCCGCCACCUUCACUCUCCUCACAAUCACCGGCCGCCACCUUCACUCUCCUCACAAUCACCGGCCGCCACCUUCACUCUCCUCACAAUCACCGGCCGCCACCUUCACUCUCCUCACAAUCGCUGGCCGCCACCUUCACUCUCCUCACAAUCACCGGCCGCCACUUUCACCUUCCUCACAAUCAUCGGCCGCCGCCUUCACUCUCCUCACAAUCACCGGCCGCCGCCUUCACUCUCCUCACAAUCACCGGCCGCCACUUUCACCUUCCUCACAAUCACCGGCCGCCGCCUUCACUCUCCUCACAAUCACCAGCCGCCGCCUUCACUCUCCUCACAAUCACCGGCCGCCGCCUUCACUCUCCUCACAAUCACCGGCCGCCACCUUCACUCUCCUCACAAUCACCGGCCGCCGCCUUCACUCUCCUCACAAUCACCGGCCGCCGCCUUCACUUUCCUCACAAUCACCGGCCGCCGCCUUCACUUUCCUCACAAUCACCGGCCGCCGGCUUCACUCUCACAAUCACCGGCCGCCACCUUCACUUUCACAAGUAUUUGCGUCUCAAAUUCGAGGAUCUGGACUUUACGAAAAAAAUCUGGUGAAAUCUAUUUUACUUAAUUGGGACGAAACAAACAAGACAGGAAGCGUGGUGAGCGAGUGA